GCUUCAUCGUCUACCUUCUCCAAAGGUCCGGUUACUGUUUCAUGAGCCAGUAUUUGCUUUAACCUGACUCUGAAAUAGCCAGUUUCAGAAGACGAACCGCCACUGCAAGCUACAGGGCAACUCAGGCAUCAACUCAUCGCGAAGUCUCGACGGCGUAUCUCGGAUACCUUACCUCGUCAUUCAAGGACCGUCAAGCAUCAUGGCGUCCGCCGUCUCUCAGCCACGACAACAGCAAUCAUCACACCCAGCGCCUAGUCAAACCGAAACAACUGUUGUCUCCGCCGCCCAGCAGACUCAGACUCAAACACACACCAUCCUUCGCCUGCGCGGUGCUCACGCUUCGACGGGGAGAACAGUACAAUGGCGGUCCGACGUGGUAGACAAUGAAGGGUUAGGGAAGAAGAAAUCCAAAGUAUGCUGCAUCUACCACCGCCCUCGCGCCGUCGACGAGUCAAGUGACGAAUCGUCGUCUUCCUCCGACUCCCCUUCAGACUCCGAUUCCGAGGGUGAAGGUGGAAAACGGUCAGGGGGUGCGGACGGCGACAAGCACGGACACGGACAUACCUGCGAUGGGCACCAUCACCACUCGCACUCGCACAGAGGGAGGGGCGAAGAAGAAAGGAAACGGAGGAAACGCCAGCCGAGUCCGAAUGCUUAUGAGAAGAUGCCGAAAUAUGAUAAACCCGGCAAGGACGGGGAUGGUGGAGAAGGCAAGGGAAAGGGCCGCAAAGUGCGUGAGUGAUUUUUUUGUCCCCAGGUGGGUGGCAUAACUUUAGAGUCGGUUUAGGUAUGGAAAGCGUUUGUGGAGAUAGCGCAUGGUUUUGCAUGACAGGUACACGGCGUUUGGAUUCUUGGACGGGACUGCUACAACUGAUGGGUAUAGGGGUUGUGGGAUGUUCACUGUGUCGUCCGCAGGACUUGGGUUGAAGUUGCUAUAGCGGAAACGUUUGAAAUGCUGUUCCUGCUUGCGAAAAACCAGGGCGAGAGAUGUCGCUUCAGCUUGAGCUUGAGUCGAGUUUCCUUACGGUCGGGUUCUGGCACCCUGUGCCUCUCCGGCGGCUCACCCGGAGACCGCUCGACAAUUCGCUAUCCACAAUGUCCCAACUACCUCUCAUCCGCAUGUCAUAGAAUUGAUAUUCAUUGCAAAUUGUAUGGAUUGCCUGAGGCUCAGAAUUCUAUGUCCUAAGC